UGUGCAUGUUCUUUAACUUUCAUUAUUUUUUACUUUAUGUAUAAUAUACAGUUCAUAUGUAUAGAAAUAUUUUGCAAGCGGUAUUUUUAAAAUAUAAAAUGACAUUAAAAAAAAUUAAAAAUUUGACUAAAUAAAUAAUGUAUUUGUGUUUAUAUAAAUGUUUAAUUUAAACAUAUAUAAAUCAUCAAUGAAUUAUCAAUGUUUCAUAAAUAUUAUUUAGAAAAAAUAUGAAAUGAAAAAUUUAAAUUUUUGUGUUAUUUUUUAAUUACAUGGCUUAUUUAAUGCAAAUUAACAUAGAUGUUAUGUUAUUUAAGUAUACAUUUAAAUGUAUUAAAGUAAGUCAUAUAAAAAUGUCACAAUUGGAGUUAGAUCCUCAAUUUACACAGGGUUUACAUCUUUUACAUUCCACUAAUAAAGAUUCUGCAGAACAAUUACGAGCUCUUCUAGAUGAAGCAAUCAAACAAAAGUAUGGACCAUCAAAAAUGUUAUCGAAUGUACUACACAAAAAGUAUAUGAUGGAGGAACCAGUACUAAGUGACCAUAGCAGCAGUAGUAAAAAGAGCAAAAGCUCCUCUUCUUCUUCUUCCAAACAUUCAAGUAAAUCAAGCAAAAACAAUUCUCCUGUAAAUUUACCAACUCGUGACACACCACCUGAUAUUAUUCAGACUGAUAAUACUUUAGCAUUAGAAAUAUUAGAAGAUGAUCUGACAUGUGUAAUUUGCAAAGGAAUGGAUGUUGGUGCAAGAAACAGACUUGUUGAAUGUUUAGAAUGUCAUUCCUUAUAUCACCAAGAAUGUCAUGUUCCACAUAUUUUAGAUUCUCAAAUAGAUGUACCAGGAUUGGUGUGGUAUUGUUCAAACUGUUCCAAAUCUCAGGUUUCAAAAGAAAGGAGUUCACCAAAAACAGUGAUAGAAAAUAAAUCUAAAGAACAAAAAAAAUCCAAUUUAAGUGGUGGAAACAAAAUAACACCAAAUAUUCAUAUUAUAAGUGCAGAUAGAAGAUUAAAAGAUAUGAUGAAAAAAGCUAAACAGGAUAAACGAAGCACAAAUAUUACUCAAAGUUCAAAAAAAAAUUCUUCAUCUAAUUCACCAGCAUUGUCUUCAACAAAAUCUCAGGAAAAACCAUUAGUAUAUAAAAUCAAAUCAGGUGUAGAAUGAAGCACUUAUAUAUAUUAUGACAAUAUUUUAUAAUGUGUAAAAGACUUAAACAAAUUUUAUAAUUUCGACGUUACAAGUUGAUUAAUUAAUUGAGAAAAUCUUUAAAAUUAAUAAUGCUAAUUAGAUAUUCUGAUAUUAAAAUCGAUAUAUUUUAUCAAAAAUAGUAUAAUCUUUGAACGAAUAAUGUUAAUAUUUCAUACCGCAGUAAUUCCCGAUUUUUUGCUAACUAAGAUUUUUACUUUUUAUAUUAUUAUAUAUUUUCGUUAGAAAUACUUAAAUAAUUUUUUUUAAUAUAAUUUGUUGUGAAAUAACAAAUUGUGACGCAAUGUAAUUUGAUAUUAUAACAUUUAACAUUUAAAAAAUAUAAUUUUUUGUACAAACAUACAUUAAUUUAAAUAUAUAAAUCAAAAUA